UACUCACUGGGGAUAUUAGGAUGUCGUGUGUUAUUUCUCCUGUCUUGUCAACGUAAAAACUUUUUAUUCAUCAAUACUUUUUUGGCCGUGUUUUCGAAUUACAAACUCCAUAGAGGUCAAGGUCGAUCGGUUAUUCGCGCCAGUUUUGCUUCAAUUGUAAGAAGGAGAUGGCGAGGAGGUGGCAAAAUUUCACGCACGUUUUUUGUCAAAGUGUAUCAGUGUUAUGGAGUGAGGCCCACUGAAGACGGGGACAACCCAUGAAUCAUGACAUGGGCGUAGUAAGACCCUGAUGGCACACCUUUUCUGGAGACAUGUUGGGUGUCGCGAUGGACUCGCUUCUGGACACAGCACAACUACUGGAACGACCAACAUUAGAAGAAGUAACAGUUCCUCAGAGAAGUAUUACAGACUUUUUCCAAUCUCCAACAAAACCGGUGGCAGUUAGCAAACCUUCAACUUUAUUAGGGUACUUCACAGGUAAGGAUGGGUCACCAUCUGUUUCAUCCCAGAACAGUGCAGGGAAUGAAAUUGAUGGUAAACCUCAGUCGAAGAAGCGUAAACGGAACAGUGUGGAGGACUUAAACAGCUCUCUUAAUGACUUUGACUCAUCGGUGCGGAGUAAAAGCUCUGAAACUACACGUAAAAAAGUUAAAUCAAGUGAUAGUGCUAAGAGAAAGUCUCAAAAAGUUGUUGGAGUGCGUAAAGCUGUUUCUCAUCCGAUAGGAACAUCCGACACUUGUGGUAGCCCAUAUGGUAAAGAGAACGAAGUAAGGUUAUGCGCAGGAAACUAUGCAGAGACAGUAGUAGGUGAGGUGACAGCAGUAUCAGAACCCAGGAACAAACUGUCUGUGAGCAGGAGAAAACAGGCUACCGGGCAGGCCAAGGGGCAGAGAGGUCACAGUAGUGGUCUUUCGUGCGAUUCUCGUCUCUCACAGGCUACAGAUCCUUCACCAGCUGAAUCAGCAGAUGAAACAACCACUAUCAUAGAUAUACAUACACCAAAAGUAAAACAUCAGGAAAAAUGUGAACAAAAGUCAGAACUUGACCGUGUACAGGCAGAAUCCAAACAAUUAGAUAAAGUUUCAAAGACUGAGCAAACCCUACUGAAGGGGGGCAGGGAUGGGAACUUGACUGUGGAAGUGUCUUAUGAGGAUUUCCUGAGGAGUGAGGGUAUACAGUUCUCGGAGCGUAGUCCUUCAGACAAUGAUCACUUUGACGAAGAGCAGCCACCUCAACUAACAGUUCCGAAGUGUCACAAAGUUUUGGACUAUUUCAAAAAGACAACAAACCAGGACAGUAGAACAACUCGUAUGAGAACACUUAGUGCACCAAACGGCGAAGAUCACAUAGUGACUAAGGCUGAUGUCCAUUUUGAACCUUCUCCACCUCAUGCUAGCACAACUCCUGUGAACAAACAUACAUGUGAUAGUUAUGAUCUUCAGACAUCAAAUAUACUUUUGUCCCAUGAAGAAUGUGAUAUGGACAUUUUUGAAAUAAGUUCUGAAAUUAUUGAAGUAUCCCCUUUUAAACCUGCCGACAAAGUGUCUGACAGAGAGAAGAGCACUGUUUGUGGCACUUCCACAGUAUUUUUGGACAGUGGUGAAGUUAAACCUGGGAAGCCUGGCGUGUUUACUGUAGACAAAACCAGAAAGCCUGAACUAACCCAGAGCCUUGUACAGAAAACCACACAAGCGACACUGUGCUUCACAAAGAAAGGCUUAGGGAUGAACAAGCUGGUAAAUGUUGUACAAGAAUCUUCUGUUACUGUGAUACAGUCUGAAAAAGAAUGCACAGAGUCCAUGUCAGUGACUAGGACGCACAAGAAGGUGAUUACUAAUACCAGAAACCCAAAUCAAGACUCCCAGCAACCAAAACGUGGCAAAAAAUCAGCAGAAAGUAGUGCUACUGUAGAACGUGGCGAGGACAGACAAACUGCUGAUGUGUUAACUGUACCAUCUAGACGAUCACCGAGAACAAAACAUCUACCUGAGCUUGCACAACCAGAGUCGCGUAAGGCUGAGAAGAGGAGGAAGAAAACAUUACGAGGGCGAUACAGGGUCGCCCAACUCCAGCCUGGCUGUGACAACAGAAGUCCCAUCCGAAUUCGUCUGAAAAGGUGCUCCAGAAGCAGUGGGGAUGAGGAAUCCAUUGCUGUUACAGCCAGGAUGGAGAAAACCUCUGUGAAGACCAAAGCACAAAAACUGGUGGAGAAGGCUAAAAAAAAACAAAAAUUGUCCCUGGAAAAGACGAGGAAAGCAGAUCUGAUUGUAACCUCCAAAUAUCCGAAAGGCAAGCAAUCACCGGGAAAAAGCAAGAAGACAUCAUCCACCCGGUUUCUGUGUAAAAACACCAGGAAAGCAAAAACAGCCAAUGUGACCCCAUCUAAAAAUACCAGAAAACCAAAAGCAGCCAGUGAGUCUCCAGUGGAAACUCCUAAGAAAGCUAAGACAAAAAAAGCAGUGAAGCUGGCGCCAAUUUUUACCAAGAAACAGCCUGUGUUUACAGAAGUAACACCAAAAACUGCACUAGACCCAGAAAUAGUUCGGCAGAGGCAGGAAUUCCUGAAAAGCAGUCUCCCAGAAAACUUGAAGAGACGUAAUGUUGCUACAGUUCCUGUCUCUUGUCUGCAACAUCCCCCCAUCCCACGUUGCUCCCAUGUGCAACAAGCACCUGCUGGCCAGGACAGAGAGGGGGUGAAUGUAUGGGAUCUGCCUACAGUGGACAUAAAGCUGAGAGAUAAACAUGCUGGUGUACCCGACCUUAAUGACAGUGAUAAGAUGUGCUGUUUGACUCGGUCAUCAGUUAAGUGGCAACCACUCUGUAUUCCCAAGGAUUUCUGCCAACAUGAAGACCUCCAUGAAAAAGUUGUGGACGUACUGCUGAAGGAAAUUCAGAGGAACAAUCCAAAUUUCCCUGUCCAGCGUUUGUACAAAUGCUACCAAACAAGGAAAGAAGAAUAUGCAAAUAAAGGUUUGCUCACGAAAGUGACAUCCACGGAAGUGGGUUGCCAACAGCCCAGCACUAAUACGCCAGUAGCUAGCCAGGAUAAGGUUUCUCCUCAGAAAGAGGAUGAACGGAACGGCAAGCACAAGGGCAGGGCCUGCAGACGAUUGAUGACCAUAGAUGGUAUGGUCAGUGCCCCAGUUACCAGUAGGCAGAGGUCAAAUAGGCUGAGACGAAACAGGAAGUCUAAGGACCAGUCAGAGGACCCCCCAGUGGAGCCCCCAGUGCCAGCUGAGGUUAGGGGUGGGGAACAUGUUUGUGUACCUGUGGCAUCAUCUCUUCACCAUCAGGCCAGUCAGUCGCUGACUUCACAGCAGCAGAAAGACACAGGAAGAGAACAGCUGUGGACAGAGAAGUACCAACCCUCCCAGAGUCUCGAGAUGAUUGGCAACAGUGCAAACCUCAAGAGACUCAAGUCCUGGUUACAACAAUGGAAACACCGUACGGAUAAGGAGGCCAGGAGACUGGAGAAACUGCUGCGAAAACAGAGGAAGACGCUGGCUAAGGCCAUGGAACCAGAGAGCAGCAACGAUUGGUGGACAGACGAUGAUAGUGACUUUGCCGACACUAAGACUGACAGGGAUUGGCUGGAGGCUGAGGAGGAUGCCCUGUGUAACACAAUGCUAAUUUCAGGGCCCAUUGGCAUCGGUAAAACAAGUGCUGUGUAUGCGCUAGCCCAGGAAUUAGGCUAUCAGGUGUUUGAAGUGAACUCGACGUCGUCCCGGGCUGGUAAGAAGAUAUUGGGCAAGCUUCAGGAGGCCACACAGUCCCACCAGGUGGCCAAACAGAGCACGGACAAGGCACUGGUUGGAUCCUCCACUCCAGGGAAAACACCGCACACAGGCUCCCACAUUACAGCCAGUCCUUUAAAAGCUGCCAAGAUGCCCGCAGCUUUCACAAACCUCUUCAGGAAAACCAAACCUAAACCAGCUGAUGUACAAGAGGUUAUCACUAUAGAUGGUAGUGAUAAGAAAAAGCCGAGUAAAGCUGUGGAAUCAAAGAGAAAACGCUUUCGUGUUACGGAGGAGAAAGCAGGUCUCCAGUCUCCAAAGAAGAUGGCUGUAGGAAGGACGUUGAAUUUCCCAAGUGUGGCUGCUGGUGACAGCAGCAGCAGCAGCUCUUCCAUGGCCACAAAGGCUCUCAACCUGUCGAGUACCUCCCUCAUUCUUUUUGAUGAGGUUGACGUCGUGUUUGAGGAAGACAAAGGGUUUUGGGCAGCCAUCCAGAGUUUCAUGAACACAACCAAACGUCCCAUCAUCCUGACAACAUCAGACAGCAGGUUCAGUCACAAAUUUGAGGGCAGAUUUGAUCACCUGGUCUUCAAGAAGCCUCCAUAUCUUAACACAGUGACCUGCCUUCAGCUGCUGUGUUUGGUGGAGAACGUCAGGACUGAGUUCUCAGACAUUCUCAACCUUGUUGAGUUUUAUAGAGGAGAUCUGAGGAGGUGUGUUCAGGCAUUACAGUACUGGGUGGAGUCAGGGGGAGGCAUCGUCCAGGAGGCUCAGCCCGUGCUCUCCUCUGUGUCUGCUGGUGGUCAGUUACUGCUAGAGGAUGAACUGUCACAGUGCCCAGACGGGCAGGUGGGCACAGACACCCCGGUGAAGGGGAGGGACGGAACACGAGGACAGAGUCAGUCUGGAGACGAUAGCCGGCUGGAGGAUAGCUCUGACCGCUGCGCCCUGGUGGCCAUAGGGGGUGUGGUUAGUCGUCUUCGGGUGGUGCAGGACGACUCCUCUGUGGAUAGCUUCCAGUCCACCCCACGUAAGAAGCCUUUGCAGACUGUACCUGAAGUUGAUCUGAUGGAUGAGAAUGCUAUGUUUCCCAGUUAUGAUGACCUGUCCAGUUUGCCCGAUGACUUGCCCCCAGUACACAGACUGUGCGUGGAGUCCUUGGUGGGAGCGUCUGCAUACUCGCACCGUGACAUCACUGACCUAUUCACCGGCGAGCUGGGGUACUGCGCGACCAGUGUGGGCAGACUUCUCCAGGAGGCAGACAUUGACUUACGGUUCAGUAACCUUGAACUCCUACUGCCCCUGUCUGUGUCCCUGGUGGAUUCUGGAUGCUGGCCAGUCAGAUCUAGAGCCAGUGAAGACUGCACAAUUUUCCAGUCUGACCUGGCUCCAGAUCCCAGUGCUAGUGAUUCAUCAGACAGCGAGUGGAUAUUUGAUAAGCAGAAAACCAGAGAGGAACGCACAGCUCCUGAACAGCCACCAGUAUGGGAAGACCUGCGAUCCAAAUUAAUCACAGACAUGUCGGAGGAGCAGAGAAACUGUUUAGGUUCAUCAGUGGAGUCCUUGUCAAACUUUUACGAGUUCGGGUCAUUCACAGAUGUGUUCAGAACACAGACUGCAUUCUCCCCCUCAACCUGUCGUCACAGCGACCUGCCAGACUGGGGCAGGGCGUCUGUUCACUCAGGGUUGACGGAUGAGCCUCGGGUAGGGGAUGGUCGGGACACGUCAGCUGUAUCAUUGUCGUCGGAGAUGGCUGCAGAGCUGAGGGUGCGUAGUCUGAAGCAGUGCUAUGACGCCCUGGACACGGUUAACCAGACCUGCCAGAGUCUGGGAGAGAGCGAGUCUCUAGAAGAACAACUGAGUGUGCCUGUCCUGAAGGGAUAUCAUCAGUUGAGGUUGUCCGAGGAUUUGCCAGUCAGGUCUUUGGCAAUGUCGUCGAGAAGAAAGGCCAUGGAGAACCUGGUGUCUUGUCUUCCACUUCACAUCUGGAGCCAGACUAGGAGUGUUAGUCUGGAUUACACGCCAGUUCUGCGUUCUAUCUGUGCUGCUGAGCAAGUCAGACACGUGUCCAAAAUCAAGAGAAGAUUUCUGCACUACUUAGAUGGAAUUUCUCUGCCGAUCAAAGAGUUCACAAUGAAUGUAUUGGGGACCAGCCUUAGAUAAUUGGAUGAGAAUUUCUUCCAAUGCUGGGACGUAGGCAGGAGGCAGGGCCUGGACCAACCAUU